AAACAAAAAUAUUUAUAUUUGAUUAAAAAAGUCACUCAAAUUAAAAUAUCAAUUAAAAAAAAAGGGAGAGCAAGUUAAGUUAGUAUAAGACCAUCUCCUCAAGCGCGUUGCUCCCUCCUUUCUCUCUCACUCUCACCAUGGAGGCGCAACCGCCAACCCCCUCGACCGCCCCGCCGCCUCCGCCGCAGCACCUCAGCUACCCCGACUCCGUGGAAUCCUCGCCACGCUCCCGCAACACCGACUCCUGGGACGAGCCCUUCGCGCCGGCGUCGACGAAGCUCCGCCUCAUGUGCAGCUACGGCGGCCAUAUCGUCCCCCGCCCCCACGACAAGUCCCUCUGCUACGUCGGCGGCGACACGCGCAUCAUCGUCUCCGAACGCGCCACCUCACUCGCGGACCUCUCCACGCGCCUCUCGAAAACAUUCCUGAAUGGAAGACCCUUCACGCUCAAGUACCAGCUCCCCAACGAGGACCUCGAUUCCCUCAUCUCCGUCACCACCGACGAGGACCUCGAGAACAUGAUCGACGAGUAUGACCGCACCUCCGCCGCCGCCACCUCCGCCGUCAAACCCUCUCGCAUCCGCCUCUUCCUCUUCCCCACCAAACCCGAAUCCACUCACUCUAUCCCUGCCCAAAUUCUCGACACGUCAGCCAAAUCGGACGAUUGGUUUUUGAAUGCUUUAAACGGCGCCGGAUUGCUUAACCGCGGGUUUUCGGACUCUGCCUCUGUUAAUUGCCUUCUUGGACUUGACGACGAGGUUGCCGGGAACAACCUCGAACCCGGUUCGAAGGACGGUGUGGAUGGUGGUGUUGGCGGUGGUGGUGCUUCGCAGGGUGGAUCUUUCGGGAACGGGAAGAAUUUGAAGCAGGAUGUUCACUCCGUUCCUGAUUCGCCCAUGCUCGAAACGACGUCGUCGUUUGGGUCCACUUCCUCGUCGCCUUCGCUCGCGAACUUGCCGCCGAUUAGGGUUCAUGUCGUGGAGGAUCAGAGGGUGUUGGGGAUUGAGGAUCAGUUCGCGCAGAUAGGGGUUGGUGUGGGGCCGAAGCAGCAGCCGGAUGAGGGUUUUGUUUUGCUCUCUUCGCCGCCUCCGCCGCCGGUUCCCGCGACUCUCGCCGCGGUGGGUGUGCCGAUUGGGCCCGCCACGGUGGUUGCUGGGGAGCAUCAUAACCGCGUUGUCUCCGAUGAUGAGAGAUCGGACCAUGGGGUUCCUGUUGGGUAUAGAAAACCACCCACUCCUCAACCACAGGUUCAGUCACAGACACAAGCACAGUCACAGGCACAAACGCAAACACUUGCUCCUCAAUUUCAUCAGAAGUCAACUGCUGGUGGCGCCGUUGUUGAUUUGCCUUCUCCUGAUUCAGUUUCUAGUGAUAGUAGCCUUGCGAAUGCAAUCUCGCGUUCAAAAGCUGCUGUAUAUCAAGAACAAGUUCAGAUUCAACCUGGCACUACAAGGGUUCCUAGUAACCCUGUGGAUCCGAAGCUUAAUGUGUCUGAUCUGCAUGGUCGGAUCCAGAUGCAGCAACAUGUACAUGACCCCGGAUAUUUGUUGCAACAGCAAUUUGAACAGCACCAGCAGCUGCAAUCACAACCGCAACAGCAAUUUGAACAGCACCAGCAGCUGCAAUCACAACCGCAACAUCAAUUUGAACAGCACCAACACCAACACCAACAGACACUGCCGCAACAGCAGCAACAGUUUAUUCAUGGCGCACACUUUAUUCACCAUAACCCUGCUAUUCCUGCAUAUUAUCCUGUAUAUCCUUCCCAGCAACAUCCCCAGCAUCCCCAGGUUUACUAUGUGACCACGAGACAGGCGCAGGCUUACAACCUGCCUCUGCAGCAGGCUAAUAUGGGCGAGUCUGCAGGGAACAUCGCUUCUAGCCGGCCACAAACUCCACCAAAUCCUUCUACAUUGGUUCAACAGCCUGCUACUUACAACCCUAUUAGAAAUGCUCCCAUGCCUAAAACUGAAAUGAAUGCUUACAGAGCUGCAACUGCAGGCAACCCUCAACUAGUUCAAGUUCCUACAAGCCAACAUCAGCAGCAAUAUGUCACCUACUCACAGAUUCACCAUCCUUCUCAGUCCAUGGCUCCCAAUUCUGCUGCCCCUGCGAAUUAUGCUUUUGAUUAUGCGGAUCCUGCUCAUGCUCAAAUAUACUACUCUCAACCUAUGGCACCCACAAUUCCUUCACAGUACCAGACUAUGACUGCUGCUGCUGUGAUGAUGCAGGAAGGUUCAGCUCAGCAUCCCUCAGACAGCGUGAAGCAGCAGCAGCAGAUAAGAACCUCACAACCAUUAUAAACCAUUCCUUAAAAAAAAACAAUUUUGAAAAAAAUGGGUUUGGUUUCCCUUUAAGUUUUUAUAUGCAGUUCCUAUCGUCAUGUUUGAUAAACUGUUUGUGGUAUGUGUAUUUGGAUAGAAAAAAAAAAAAAGAAACUGUGAUCAUCUUGUACUUUUUCUUCUAUGUCAUAAUUUAUAAUUUAUAUAGGAAAUGAAAUUGGUCCAAGGUUAUACUGUAAAAGGUCAAGUCUGAAACAUUGUAUUGUGAAGUUCAAAUAUCAAUUCCUGAAAUUAUUGUCAUAAACUACUAAAAAUAGUGGGUAUUCUUUCUU